AUGGAGUUCAGAAAAGCAGUGCAAAAAUGGGAGUUUUGUUGCUCACAGACAACUGUUGUUUCAUGGAUUUUCUGGUUAAUGACACUAUGUCAUCUCUUUACUAGUUCCAAGGGGACAGCGGCAGAGCACGAAAGAAGAGCUCUUUUUCAACUUAGGGAUUCUCUGAAUCACCCAAAUGGCUCUGCACUUGUAAAUGAAUGGGUUGGAGAUGAUUAUUGUGCUUGGGGUGGCAUUUUCUGUGCUAGGUACUUAGAUGGAGACCUUCGUGUUCUUGAUAUUUUCCUAACAAGUAAAAGGCAACUUGGACUCGGAGUUUGGUAUCCCAAUGCCAGUCUGUUAUCUCAUUUUAAGGGUCUUCAGUCUCUUGACCUAUCUGGGAAUUACUUUGGCAGUUGGGUCAUGCCAGAAGCACUAUGCAGGUUGGAUAACCUUAAAGUGCUGGACCUGAGUUCAAAUGCUGUGGAUGGUGAUAUAUUACCUCACUUUAAGACAUGCAGUCUUUCUUCUUUGGAGGAACUGCGCCUGUCAAGCAUUUAUCCCAAAUUCGUUCCAGUUUUAACAGCUUUCUGUCAACUCAAGAAUCUUCGGUCACUGGAUCUAAGUAACAAUAACAUCAAUGAUGAAAAUGCUCCAACUUGCCUGUUGAAAAACCUUUCCUCGCUUGAGAUACUUGACUUAUCAGGAAAUCGUCUAUUGAACUCUCCCCGUAUAUUAACAGCUCUAUGCAGUCUGAGGAACCUCAGAAGACUGGACUUGAGUGAACUUUCUGGAUGAUAUUAGCAUACCACCUUGCCUAUUCGACAACAGCUCAUCAUUGGAAAGUCUGGACAUUUCUCUGAAUUAUAUCAAGAACCCCUCAAAACUCUUUUCAGGAAUUUGCAAACUCCAGAAGUUGCAGAUGUUGAACCUAAAAGGAAACCUGAUUCAAGGAGGAAUAGAUCCGUGCCUAAGUGAAAUGACAUCCUUGAUUUCUUUAGAUCUAUCCUUCAACCAUUGUCAAGGAAAUUUCCCUUCUAAUACAUUUAGAAACUUGACUUCGCUCCAAACCUUGCUUAUCUCAGAUAACAAGUUCGGUGGAAUUCUUUCUUUUGCAAUGUUUGCUAAUUUCUCAAAUCUCCAAGACAUUGAUCUGUCAAACAAUAUGUUUGAGGUGAAUACUGAAACUCCACGCUGGUAUCCUUCAUUCCAGCUUGUAUCUCUCAAUUUGAGAAAUUGUGGUGUAAACAAUUACCAUGGUCGGGUGGUUCCAAGCUUCA